CGGCGCAGAAGUCGGAGACCCGAGCGGGAGGUGGAAGGCCGGGCUGCGGGGGCUGGGACCGUCCGCCCCGCUGGUGGGGCGGCGCCGGAGCGCAGAGCGCCGGGGGCAGGUGCGCGGGGCCGGGACCGCGGGGCGCAGGAGCGAGGGGGGCGCGUGGCGGGCACCGGCGGGCGAGCAGCUGACGGCGUCGUCACGGCUGCGGGGGAGUGCGCGCCCCGCCUGCCUCGGGAGGAGCCGAUCGCACGGCCGGUGCUGCCCGUCCAGGGCCAGGCGAGCGGGGAGAAGCCCGGAGCAGCCGCACUUCCGCAGUGUGUAGGCUGCGCAGCAGGCGUGGUUUGGGUUGUUUGUGCAAGUUCCACCGGGCGUCCCGGGCGCCACCUGCCUUUCUCCGCUCCUUCCUUCUCUCCUUGAAGACCAACCUGCGGCGCGCAGCCUGGCUCCCAGCGGCUCCUGCUUUCUCCCCCAUUUGCUCCAUUUGCACACCCACCGCCAGCCUCUGCAGGUGCUUUCUGGUUGAGAGUUGGAGCCCGCCAGCAACAUGCCAGAACAGAGCAACGACUACCGGGUGGCCGUGUUCGGAGCAGGUGGCGUCGGCAAGAGCUCCCUGGUCCUGAGGUUUGUGAAGGGCACGUUCCGGGAGAGCUACAUCCCCACCGUGGAGGACACCUACCGGCAGGUCAUCAGCUGCGACAAGAGCAUCUGCACGCUGCAGAUCACGGACACCACCGGCAGCCACCAGUUCCCUGCCAUGCAGCGGCUGUCCAUCUCCAAGGGACACGCCUUCAUCCUGGUGUACUCCAUCACCAGCCGGCAGUCCCUGGAGGAGCUCAAGCCCAUCUACGAACAAAUCUGCGAGAUCAAAGGGGACGUGGAGAGCAUCCCCAUCAUGCUGGUGGGGAACAAGUGUGACGAGAGCCCGAGCCGCGAGGUGGAGAGCAGCGAGGCGGAGGCGCUGGCCCGCCGGUGGAAGUGCGCCUUCAUGGAGACCUCGGCCAAGCUCAACCACAACGUGAAGGAGCUCUUCCAGGAGCUGCUCAACCUGGAGAAGCGCAGGACCGUGAGCCUCCAGAUCGACGGGAAGAAGAGCAAGCAGCAGAAGAGGAAAGAGAAGCUCAAGGGCAAGUGCGUGGUCAUGUGAAUGCCCUCCCAUGCCCCCUGCCACCUCACCUCCCCUCUUCCCCGUGAAACCCGCCGCCGUCAG